AUGGCAGACCUCCAAAUGGAGGACGCAGCACAAGAGACCGACAUCAGCAAAGGCCCAUCAUUCUCUGACGAGGAAAAGGAGAUUCUGGAACUCUACGACCAAGCCCAGAAACUGGAGCUGGAGCUUGCACUGGCCCGGGCCAGGGUACGCCUCGCUGAAGAGGCCGAGAAGGAAGGACAUCACGACGACGAGGGGGAAGAAGACAACCCAGACAAGAUCGCGGAAGCCAGAAGCCAGCUCCUCGAAGCCAUGUCGCUGUACAACCUCCGCAACGGCGUGGUGAACAACGUGCUCACCGCCAACCCGCUCCUCAAGGGCAUCCACGGCAGCACGUCGGCGUCGCCCAUCGAGCAGGACAUCCUGCCAUGGGUGCAGGCGCGCGACGGCGCGUCGCACGACGUCGCGAGGCAGUCGGCCGCGGCGCGGCGGGUCCUCGGCCAGCUGACCGAGGCCGAGAGCGAGGUGCUGCGCGCGUCCCGGCGCAACCGCGACCUGGCCGCCGAGGUCCUCCGUCUCGCGAGGGAGGCCGACCGCGGCAGGGCCGGCGCUGCCGCCGCCGCCGCCGAGGGAGGCGACCCGGCUGCCGAGGGGCAGAUCGCGGAGCUGGAGAAGAGGCUCGCCGCCAGCAGGCAGAAGUGGCGGGUCAUGAAGGGCACGGCCAGCGGCAUCGUCGCUGGGAGCGGGGUCGACUGGGCGGCCGAUCCGGUGCUGAGGGACGUGGUGCUCGACCCGGAGUAG